AUGCCGCCGUCCGCCCUGCGAUUCCGACCCUACCACCACGGGACAUCAGUAGACUCAAUCGAUUCCGGUCCACGCACGCCCAAAUCCCCUCGAGGAGCCUACACAGGGGAACCCGUCCCCUUCCGACAACAACACAAAGCCAUCCAGUCCAAAAGGAUCCUCCUCGCCCUGCUCACCCUCCUGACAGUAAGCAGCGCACUCCUGUACUUCGUCCCACAACUGCGCAUCGCCAUCCCCGGGCUGCGACUCAUCCCCUCCAAGGCCUCACUAUCAUGGCCGGCCUACCCUCCCGCAAUCGCUGCACAACAACAGCAAAAGCAACAACAAAAGCAAGACUCCUUCGUGCCGGACUUCCCACUGUACGAAAUGACGUUCAAAGACGUCCACCCGUUCCAGCAAAAGGGCAAAGCCGCCGACAGCGCAUGGUCCAACAUGUUCCCGCACGGUGGGGGCAGCAUCGCGGUCAAAAAUCCCCGGAAGUUCGGCUUGCCGCCCAGUAUGAUCGCGUUGGACGCCGCGGGGAACAAUGUCUCGGACACGGAGAUCUAUGAGGUUUCGGUGAUACGGCAGUUGGGCUGUCUGGUGAGUUAG